AUGGCCUUCAACGCAUCAGACAAGUCCUCGCCAGGAGCAUACACCGCUUCACAAACCGCCUUACUCCUCCUAGACUUUCACGAACAAUUUGUGAAUGUUGCCGCAGGAGAUCUGGGCAAGCGAGCAGCAUCCAUCGCAGUCAAUAUGCGACACUGGGCUCAUACGCAAGGCAUACAAGUCAUCCACGCUCCGCUCGAUCUCGAAAGCACACCCGUUGAGACAUACAAAGACCGCGACAGACUUAUCGGGCUCUUAGAGACAUUGCGGCAAGAGGGCGGCAGCGAGCCGGCGGCACUUCUCGACGGCGACGAAGGGGACGUGACUCUCACCAGGCGUCUUGGCCAAGUCUCUGCGAUGGGAUCUCCGGGACUGCAGGAAUAUCUAAUGGAAAAGGGCAUCAAGUCGCUCAUCAUGACUGGACUGAGCACGAGUGGGUGCGUACUAUGGACCGCAUUGUCGGCGAGUGAUCUGGGAUUCAUUGUCACUACCAUGUCGGACGCCUGUGCGGAUCCGAAACCUGGCGCCCACGAUCUGCUGGUCACCCAGGUGUUGAACAAUCGAGGGUGGGUGAUGACUGCGGCGGAGUUUCAGGAAGGAUUUGGACGGGCGAAGUGA